AUGAGUGAAUUAGUUGAGACAUCGAACAAACCAAAAGAAAGUGUGCCGUCGUCUAUUCAAUGUCUGCUGCUCACCCAAACCAACUACACCGUCUGGGCGAUUAGGAUGAAGGUCGCUCUUCAAGUGCACAAGGUUUGGGAAACAGUUAAGCCUGGAUCAACAGACGUUGACAAGAACAACUUAGCACGGGCCCUCUUAUUUCAUUCUACACCGAAAUCGAUGAUUUUGCAAGUUGGAAACCUCGACACCUCUAAAGUCGUAUGGGACUCCAUCAAAACAAGAAACCUUGGUGCUGAUCGAGUCAAAGAAGCGAGACUACAAACUCUUAUGGCUGAAUUUGAUAGAUUAAAGAUGAAAGAGACCGAUAUGAUCGACGACUUUGUUGGGAAGCUCUCUGAAAUAUCCACUAAAUCCGUAACUUUGGGUGAAACCAUUGAUGAAGUGAAGAUUGUUAAGAAGUUUCUUAAGAGUUUACCAAGAAAGAAGUACAUCCACAUCACUGGUGCUCUUGAGCAAGUACUUGAUCUCAAGACAACAACAUCCGAAGACAUUGUUAGGAAAUUGAAAACAUAUGAGGAAAGAAUUUGUGAUGAAGAGGAUUUACAAGACGGUUCGAACAAGCUUAUGUAUUGUAACUCCGACACACAGCCACAAGAGUUUAAUCAGCACGGAGGUAGAGGACGAGGUUGGAGCCGUGGUAGAGGAAGAGGAAGAGGGAAUCAUGCUUGGUUUUGUAAGAUUGAUCCAAUGGUUACCGGAAAAGUACGUUUUGGAGAUGAUUCGAAGAUAGACAUCAAAGGGAAGGGAUCGAUCACGUUCAUAGCCAAAGGAGGAGAAAGAAAAGUGCUGGCGGAUGUCUACUAUAUACCGGAUCUUAAGAGCAAAAUCAUUAGCUUGGGUCAAGCUACAGAUUCCGGAUGCGACAUUAGAAUGAAAGAGGACUAUCUCACUAUACAUGAUCGAGCUGGAAAUUUGUUGGUGCAAGCGAGUCGAUCAAGAAACAGGUUGUACAAGGUGCGAUUGGAAGUUGAUAACAUGAAGUGUUUACUUGCUACAAACAACUCGACAUUGUGGCAUGCUCGACUUGGACAUAUCAGCCCUGAAACCAUCAAAACAAUGGUAAUAAAAGAGUUAGUUGUUGGAAUUGCUAAUGUGUCAAAAGAUAAAGAGACUUGUGCUUCUUGUUUACUUGGGAAACCAGCAAGAAGAGUCUUUCCGAAAGCAACUUCUUAUUGUGCAUCACAAGAAUUAGAGCUCAUUCAUGGGGAUUUAUGUGGACCGAUAUCACCUUUAACAGCUGCAAACAAGAGUGAAGCGUGA